GCGGGCUGCCCGCUGCCCCCGGUGCCCAUGCAGGGCGGCGCGCUGCCCCCCGAGGAGGAGCUGAAAGCCACGGUGCUGCAGCUGCGGGAGACCGUCCUGCAGCAGAAGGAGACCAUCGGGAGCCAGCGGGACGCCAUCCGGGAGCUGACCGGCAAGCUGAGCCGCUGCGAGAAUGCCGACGGCAAGUCCGCCGCGGGGACGUGGAAGAAGGAGCUGGGCAAGGGCAAGGACACGAUGGGCGACCUGCCGCGGGACCCGGCGCAGGGCAUCGACCAGCUGAGCCGCCCCAUUUUUUUUGGAGAGCCUGGAGUUAUUUUUUUUCUUCUCGUUUCCCUGAAGCACCAACUCCGUGCCAACGUGUCUUAUGCAGCACUGCCUAAUGACCUUCGAGAGAUGCUUCAACGGAGGCUUGGAGACCUGGAACGCCAACUCCUGAGCAAAGUGGCUGAGCUUGAGGAUGAAAAGUCUUUGCUUCAUAAUGAGACGUCAGCCCAUCGGCAGAAGACAGAGACAGCCUUGAAUGCAUUGCUAGAAAGAGGGUCUGAAUUAGAAAAAGGUAACAGUGCAUUUAAGUCACCUGAUGAAUUCAAAGUCUCCCUGCCUCUUCGCACAAACUACUUAUAUGGGAAGAUCAAGAAGACUCUGCCAGAGCUGUAUGCUUUUACCGUAUGCCUGUGGCUGAGAUCAAGUGCUUCUCCUGGAAUCGGCACUCCGUUCUCGUACGCUGUUCCUGGGCAGGCUAAUGAAAUUGUCCUCAUAGAAUGGGGGAAUAAUCCAAUUGAACUGCUGAUUAAUGAUAAGGUUGCCCAGCUCCCUCUCUUUGUUAGUGAUGGAAAAUGGCAUCAUAUCUGUAUAACAUGGACAACCAGAGAUGGAAUGUGGGAGGCUUUUCAGGAUGGAGAGAAGCUUGGCACUGGGGAGAAUCUUGCUCCUUGGCACCCAAUUAAACCUGGAGGUGUGUUGAUCCUGGGUCAGGAACAGGACACAGUAGGAGGAAGAUUUGAUGCAACUCAAGCCUUCGUUGGGGAGAUGAGCCAGUUCAAUAUAUGGGACAGGGUCUUAAAAGCUGAAGACAUCAUGAAUAUUGCUAACUGCUCUACCAACAUGCCUGGCAACAUCAUACCCUGGGUUGAUAACAACGUUGAUGUGUUUGGAGGAACAGGUCUCACCAGUUUCUACUCCCGCAGCAGGAGUCCCACUGAUGUAAAGGACAGUAAAAUGGCGUGUUGUCAUGUCAAGUGCAUGGGUGGCUCACGCCUGCCAUCGUGGGAGUGUGACGAUUGUGGAAAUAUUCUCGUGCAUUGGGAGACACCUGCUGUGCAGUCCACAAAUCGCAGCUCCACGCUGCGGGUACUGUGCUCAGGCUCCUUGUUCUGGCUGCGGAAGAGGCAUUUAUUGAACCCACAGAUCAGUCUUCUGUGCAGGAAGCAGUUUCAUAUUGGAUUCAGGAACAUGUUCGUGUGA